AUGGGCUCAACGGAUGGCGGAUUGAUCGCCUCGGGCCGACAGAUGCUUAGGCAACGAUAUACACUACCAGUUAAUUCAGAAUCAGUUGGAAACAGCGUAGCUGUUACUGGAGUAGGAACUGAUGGUGGUGUUGCAACGGUUCCAGGGGGAAAAGAGUCAGCUGGGAGUGCCGGUGGAAAUGCAUUCAGCAGACCGCAAGUGGCAUCCAGACGUCUGUGGCUGGGUGGAGCACCGGGGCAUAUUCCUCGUGUGAAAGAAAUGGGGCUGGGCAAAUCAGAUGUAGGACCAGGAUUAAAGGAAUCUCACUGUCCGCAAAUUAAGCAGAGCUAUAAAACGCAGAAACAGAUGAGAGAACAAGAGCCUACUAUAAAAGAGAAGGGAAUAAAAAUUGAGGCUGGAAGAGUACAUGAUGAGGAGCCAGCGGUCAUUAGAAGAGCAGGAUCAACACAAAUGCAUAUGGCAGGCCGGGAGAAGUCUCAGAUGCAACCCCAGGUUGUCGGUCUUGGGCAGGAGCGAGGGCAUGUGAGUCAAAAAGACAUGGUGAACAGUCUUAUAAAGUCCACUAAACCAAUCUUUUAG